AUGAAAUAUUUUUCUUGCACUGGCGCGCGUUCUUUCCCAGGCGCCGCCAAAAGCAAAACCAAGAGAUGGUGCAUCGCUGUUUUGCUUUUCCUCCAAGGUGGUCCAGGAGCGUCUUCUAUCUACAGUUUGUUUGAGGAAAAUGGGGCAGUAUUCCUGGAAUGUCAAAAAAACAACCUUCUCUUCAUUGAUCAGCCAGUGGGAACAGGUUACAGCUUCACCAGGAAAGGGUGUUACGUUGAAAAUGAAACUGUGCUCGGUGAGCAAUUGUACUCUGCAAUGGUCCAGUUCUACCAACUGUUCCCUAAAUUAAGAAGUAAUAAGUUCUUCAUCUCUGGAUACUCCUAUGCAGGUCACUUUAUCCCUGCUUUAGGAUAUACGAUACACAAAAACAAUCCUACAGCUCAGGUGAAGAUCAAUUUGAGUGGGAUGAUGAUCGGGAACGGUUGGAUGGACGCUAUCUACCAAAACGACCUAGGCAGUUACCUUUACCAGUUGGGACUGGUGGAUACCACAGGGAGAGACGUUUACUACGACUAUCAGGAGAAGAUUCCAGGAACACAUGAAGAACAAAGAGUAUGAAAAGGCAAUUCAAAUCCGAACUGCCGAGGUCAGUGAUGUGUACUUGCAAUACGUUGGAAAUGUCAGUAUCUUAAACUAUCUUCAAGAUAUCGUUAUAUUCCCCACACCUUAUGAACAGUUCAUUCAAAGACCGGACAUCCGUAGAGC